UUCAACAUGGCGGCGUCCAUGCGAAAGAGUUAGGAUACUUCAUGCACAAAAUACAUCUUUUCAAAGCACUGCUCAGUUGCAAAGUUCUUCCGCUAGUGCAGACCCAACCAGAGGAUCAUGGCGCUGGUAACAUUCGCCAGUGGUUGUCAACUGUUGAGAAGUUUAUGUCGGACUGCACCCAUCACUUACAUGGGAUGGCAGCAGCAGAGAAAUGCUGUGAAGUUGCGACGACGCUAUCCACCCCCUAUUCCUAAGCUUAGAGGAAAACCCCAUCGCACAAAGACAAGUCAUUAUGUCUAUGUCUUUGAGCGUGAUACAAUGCAUGACCCCAAACCAAAGCUUCCAGUCAUUCUCACAGAAGAUGUACCACGGAUAGGCUCCAGAGGGGAUAUUGUUGCUGUAGAGAGGAGCAUCGCUCGCAACAAGCUCUUGGACAAGAAUUUAGCUGUUUACGCCUCCCCAGAAAACAUUAAGGAGUUGAAACUGGAGAGAAAAGAACAAGAAAAAGAAGGAACUCGGAAAGUAAUGACACCAACCGCCCUUAAGACCAUUGCAUACCUGAAGAAGAACAAGUUGACUGUCAGAGUUCGUCCCUUUCCAAGGUGGGACGUUCUUCCUAAAGAGGCAGUCCUACACGCAUUUGACAAGAAUCUUGGUGUCGUAGUUGCAGAGCACGCCUUGGAGUUACCUGAGCAGCCAAUCACAGACUACGGCACAUACACAGUCAAUGUCACGGUGAACCAAGUAGAAACCAUUCCUGUGGAGAUGGAUGUCCUACACUACAUCAAUAAGGGGAAAAUGAAGCGGCGCCGGCAGGCUGCUGCAGCAUCACCAGAAACGUAGUGCCGUCUUGAACUUUGACCUGCUUUGAACACAAGGGGAGACUUGGGAAAGACUGUUGUCGGCUUGAAAUGUGGAUGAUACCUACUGUUAGAGCUCAAGAGUAAAGACACGCUAUCUACAGUUUUGUCUGGUGCAGAGAAAUGUGAUUUCUCAAAGGAGUGGUUUGUAAAUGCAGUGACAAUUUCCAUUUGAAUGCGUCCAUUUUCCUUGAAACUAUUUAGGUUAUACAUCAUCUUGUGCCAAUCUCAGAUUCUCAAAUAUCAUCACAAUUGUCUUUAUUUAUGUUGGUGGUUAGGACAUAACCAUAUUUAGAGUCGGAAAGUAAAAGUACCAAAAAUGUGGUGCCUUCAGCAAGAAGCUCCAGCUAGGUUUUGUGGAGAAUACGCAGAGACUAAAAAGAUCAGCAUUACAAUGCAGUUCAGUGUAUACCUUAGUUUUUAUUACAAAUCCUUGCAACAUGUAAAACAUAUUCUGAUCCCUCAAUAAAUGUACACUAAACAUUUGUCCUUGUGAUAUUAUUCACACCACAAUAAGUUCAACAAUAUUGAUUAUGUCUCUGGUGCUCUGCAGAGAACAAUUAAAUCAUUUGUUCAAUUAAAAUUCAAAGGCUUUCCCCCUUUUAUUGGUAAGCUAUGCACCGUUUGCACAAAAAUAUUUUUUCCACAUAGACACCAGGCCCUUUAUUUUACACACCUCCUUUGUUUCAACCGUUUUUAAACUUGCAGAAGUGCAAUUAUAAAUAAAGAAAUGCAGAAAAAGUGACAGAUAUACACACAGAAAUAGUUUCUACAACAUUGGAAAUGGCUAAUUAUAUGCACAUAACAGCGAACAAUGAAAAAGUACAGUUAACCCAAAGUUGUCACUGGAUGCUGUUGUUAGCUUGACAAUUCAUUUUUCUUGUCAAUGUGGGAAUUACUUCUUUCAUGGUUACUUUAAUUAAAGCAGCGGCAAUCCAGCUAAUGAAAUAAUUCAUUCUUUUAGAAUUCAAAAGCCAAAUAUGGCCACCUGUAAAACCCAGAUCUCAUUCCAAAAUGGAUUCAUCUCCCAAAAUUCAGAAGCCUUUCCUGCUUGUACACAUAUGCAAUAAACAGUCUCCAAACUUUCAUUAAAUUAAACCCCAAAUGGGCCAUAGUCUUUGGAAAUCAAAGCCCAAAGACAAUGGAGACCCAAGCUGAUACUUUCCCUAACUUUUGAAAAAUGAUCUCAAAGACUUCAGAGUGACUGCAACAGUUUCAGACUAACUUUUGAGAUAUCAUGAAUGUUUUCAAAUCAAUGAUUUUACAUGUAUUUUUUAAAGUACUAUUCUUGAGGUUACCAUUGCUCCCUUUUCAAGCAAACACUGCCAAGAGUAGUCCAGAUGCCAUUUUUGCAGGUGAUAAAUAUAUCACUCGAGGCAUUUUUGCACUUGACAUUGUAUGUAGUGGAUAACUAGUGA